AUGGCAGAACACACCAGUCCAGAGUCUAUCACUAUGACUUGUGAGGUUUGUUCAGAGUAUUACACUGACCCCCUCAUGCUUCCCUGUCUUCACUCAUUCUGUAAGAAGUGUCUAAUAAAAGCUAAAGAGAAGCAAGGUAGUGCUGAUACCUCAUUAAAGUGUCUAACGUGUGACACUAGCGUUAAUUUACCUGAUGGUAAAAUUGAAGGCCUCACUCAAAACCUUUGGUUUGAACAUAAAUCAAGAGAGGCUUCAAUCAAAAAGAAGAUUCUUAGUAAAGAAGCAAUAUCUUGCGAUAAAUGUGAUGAUUCCAGUGAUGCAGCUGUCGUGUAUUGCUCUGAUUGUGGCCAGUUUCUGUGCGAUUAUUGUAAGAAAGGUCAUAAGCGAAACAAGAAAGAAGCCAGUCACAAGUUGAUUGGUCUAGAAACCAAGGAAUCUAUUGAACUGCCUGCUAUUAAUUACGAGUCACAAUUACCGGGCAAUUAUUACCUCGAUGAGGGUGAUACAGCACGUGAAGCAUUAAAGAAAAGUGUUGCUUUUUGUGGUGGAGUUAUUCCUCCAGUCACUGAAGCUAUAGCUAAUGGAGAGAAGAUGCUAGAGCAGAUAGCAACACGCAAAGAAGAAAUAAGAGAUGUAAUGAUUUUACUAGUAAAAACAGAAGAGAUUGCUAGUGCUAAGAGGAAUUCUGUCAGGAAGCAGUUGGAUGGGUUUCGUAAACUGGUAAAACAGGUAUCUCAUGGUCGUCAUCUUGCAUCAUCAGUGAGUGAGCGUACUGAUCCAGGUGAAGUUCUCAGUGUUAAGAAGCUAAUCACCAAUCAACUAGAGGAAUGCAUUGAAGAGUAUAAGAAACUACCUCUAGAAAUAGAAGAAAAUGAAGUGAUUUUUGAGCAGCUUGACCCAUCACUUUAUUCCAUUGAUAGUGGGUUAGCUAUUCCAUUGGCAUCAGUAAAGAAAGAAAGGAAAUUUAAAGUGGCUCUACCAGCAGGCAUUGAUAAAGCAGCAAGCUAUUUGAAGGCUUCCUUUAUCAAAAAAGAUGGUAGUAAAGAGGAGGGUAGAGUUAUAGUUAAUGAUAGCAACACAGCCAUUGUAUCAAGUACACCUCAAAGCAUCAAGAGACUAUACCAAUACCACACUAAGCAGAGAUCCUUUAAUGUGGGGAAUUUUGGUACUCGUGGUGUUGCUGUUCAUACUAAUGGUGAAGUAUUUGCUAGUAGUAAGGACGAAUUUGUUCAGGUAUUUAGUGAGGAUGGUACUGCAGUAAGAAAGAUUGGAUCUAAAGGUAAGUGUAAAGGACAGUUUGACAGGCCUUGGGGUGUAUUGCUGGUAGGAGACAGGCUCUAUGUGUCUGAUGAUAAUCUUCAUCGCGUGCAGUAUUUCUCAGCUACUACUGGUCAAUAUAUUGGUCAGUUUGGUAGUAAGGGUAAUGGAAAUGGACAAUUCUAUUAUCCUACUGGUAUGUCUACUGAUGGCAAUGGUAAUAUAUUAGUAGCUGAUUACUACAACAACAGGGUACAAGUAUUUAAAGAAGAUGGUACAUUUCUACAAGUUAUACAAUGUGAUGGAAGGGCAACUGAUGUAGCAGUUGAUAAUGAAGGGAAAAUACAAGUUACUAUUCAAAAUCAGAAUACUUCCACUCAUGUACAGACUGGAACUUGUCGAUGUGAUGUUCUUUGUGUCCUCUUUAAAGCAACCAUCUCCUCACUUCAAUAUCCUAGACUAUGUCUCCUUCUGUUCCUCCACGACUCGUUCCUCCUCAAAGUGGAAACUGAUCCACAAGUCAUCACCUUCCUCUUCUGGUAUAUCUUUGUAUCGGCUAAUGAUGGAGGUACCUAUUAUCUUCAUGUAUUGAGUCCUGACAGGAAACAAGUGAAAUUGAUCUCAAGAUUAUCUAAUCCAUGGGGUGUAGCAUUGGAUAAGGAUGGAUAUAUUUAUGUUGCUGAGUGUGGAAACAAUUGUAUAAUGAAAUAUUAA